AUGCAUAUGCAAUUUUUUAAUUCAUUAACGAAGAAUUUUCAUUUUUUUAGAACAUUUGUUGAUGUAAAAAAUAAAAAGAAAUUUUGUAAUUUUUUUAAGUAUGAAAUUAGCACAAAGAUAGAAGAUAAAAUAGAACAGAAACCACAGCUAAAAUUAUACCAUAUUGAUAGCGAUAAUCAUACAUUAAAAAGGAUAGAAAAGGGUAUUAAAACAAAAAAUAGUUAUUCUAUAUAUAUAUAUAAUUUGUUCAAUAGUUCUAUUUAUGUUCUAACUAAUCAUACAAACGAAGAAGAAAAUUCCAAAAAAAUGCUAUACUUUAAAUGGAAAGCUAGGAAAUCGUAUAAAAAAAGAGUUCUUAAUUUACCAUCCACUAAGUCUAGAAGAAGAUACGCACAAAAAAAUAGGUAA